AGGGAGAGGGGGAAGAAUUUCGAUUUUUAAUUACUACCAUUAAAAAAAUCAAAUUUGCAAUUCUUUGGGUGGCCUGAUGGAUUCCCUGAUUGACAGCCGGAAUUGACACUCUGGUACCUCUUAUCUCGGGCAUUUACGGCAAUUUCUAAUUGCAGGUAGUUUGGGGGGUUUUUCAGCGCCUUGGCUCGCAUGGGAACCGAGCGAUUACUUCAAGAGGCCCGGGUUAAGUGCAGGCAGGGGGAGAAUUCAAUCCACAUUCAAAUUGCUUCAUUAAAGAGACGCAGCUUUUGUUGCAAAGGAUUUAAAUGGCCACUAGAAAGUUCUUAUUUAUUGUUUUGAGGCGGUUUAUAUAGGGUGCCCCGCGCUCGCCCGGCGCAUGGAGCCGCAGCCUCCCUCUCCCGCUCUCUCCAUCAAGGUGAUGCCGCCGGAGCCGCUGCCCAAGGGGAGCUCCCGCUGUCUCGACCCGCACUCCCGAGUGAACAACCUCAUCUGGCACGUCCGGUGCCUGGAGUGCUCCGUGUGCCGCACCUCGCUGCGCCAGCAGCACAGCUGCUACAUCAAGAACAAGGAGAUCUUCUGCAAGAUGGACUACUUCAGCCGGUUCGGUACCAAGUGUGCCCGCUGCGGCAGGCAGAUCUACGCCAGCGACUGGGUGCGGCGGGCGCGGGGCAAUGCCUACCACCUGGCCUGCUUCGCCUGCUUCUCCUGCAAGCGGCAGCUCUCCACCGGGGAGGAGUUCGGCCUGGUGGAGGAGAAGGUGCUGUGCCGGAUCCACUACGACACCAUGAUAGAGAACCUCAAGCGAGCGGCAGAGAACGGCAAUGGGAUCACGCUGGAGGGGGCGGUGCCCUCGGAGCAGGACAGCCAGCCGAAGCCAGCCAAGAGAGCCCGCACCUCCUUCACGGCCGAGCAGCUGCAGGUCAUGCAGGCACAGUUUGCUCAGGACAACAACCCCGACGCACAAACGCUCCAGAAGCUGGCGGACAUGACGGGGCUGAGCCGGAGGGUCAUUCAGGUUUGGUUUCAAAACUGCAGAGCCCGCCAUAAAAAACACACCCCGCAGCACACGGUGCCGCCCUCGGGAGCGCCCCCGUCCCGCAUCCCCUCCUCGCUGGCCGAUGACAUCCACUACUCGCCCUUCAGCAGCCCGGAGCGGGCCCGCAUGGUGACUCUGCACGGAUACAUCGAAAGUCAGGUACAGUGUGGACAAGUGCACUGUAGACUUCCCUACACUGCUCCACCAGUGCACCUCAAAGCAGACAUGGAAGGACCACUAUCUAAUAGGGGUGAGAAGGUCAUCCUCUUUCAGUACUGACUGCUCGGACUCUUCCUCAGCUGGCCAUGCCCUGCCAGCAGCGCUGCCCUGAGCUCUGACACAGCGCCCAGCCCUGCAGCUGCCGCCAGCCCGGCCCGAGGCUCAGCCCAGCACUCUCAGAUCUCUCAUUGACCAGCACCUCGCGCCUGCUCCGACUCCUCCAGCGACACUCUGUGUAUGUGUGUGUUGAGUGCACAGUUACAUUUGACGCUUGUUUCUUGUGGACUUGUAGAAUGACCGUGAGUCUCUCCAAGGCAGUGCCAGACACAGUCAAAACUGGUGACUCUACUGUGCUUGCAAGUCUUGCUCCCAAACCCGUGGGAAUAUGAACAACCCAGAACACGCUGAGUCUCAGGGGGGUCGAUGAUCACCUCUGAACACAAAGGAAGGAGGAAUUUAUGUGGUUUGGCCUGAUUCUCUUUCUGCACCAGUUGAAGCAGUUCCUGGACAUCCCUCCUUCUUUCCACUCGCAUGUGUGAAGUCUGAAAUUGGCUUUUUUGGCUCAGCAACUCGAUAUAUAGACAGACCUUCCUGAGCCAAACUCGCAGGUAGCUGAGACUCCACUGAGUGGAAAACAUGAUGCCAGCUGGAAAUAGGCAGUUUUUCUUCCUCCUCAAAGUGCUUUAGAAUCACAUGUCCUUUGAUCACUCAAAGGUAAGUAAAUCUUAGUGUUUUUCCCCCCGUUUUAUAGGAGGGGAAGCAGAGAUAUCCUAAACUGAGAGGAACCACGAGGGUUGGUGGCAGAGCCAGGUUUAGCACCCCGAAGUUUUUGAUUGCUGACUUGUUCUUAGAACACUGAAUCUCUCUCCUCUCACAGCCAUCUGCCAAAUCUUUUUUUUUUUUUUUUCAAGUUUUUUACUCUCAUUCUUUAUUAACAAGCUACUUUAUUUCCUUGGAAUCAUAUUGGAUCACAAAUGGGUGAUUUCAGAAUGUACCUACAGAAAACUCUCAGACAAUCCAUACUCUGGGACUGGGAAAUGCUCAAUGGAAGGUGGCCAUAAAGGUGUAGAAAUGUUCUGCCCUACUGUUGACUCAAGUUCAGUCAGUGGAAAGAGUUGGGUAGAAACUGUAGAACCAGUUAAAAAGCUGAAAGCCACAGUAAGGCCAGCAGGAACCAUCUCUAGCCAAGUGGACAGCAAGGGGAUGGCAUUUUCCUUUGUCUGGCAGCAUCACUCUGAUCCCCUCUGCCCUCCUGCUCUCCCUUGCUGGGGUAUGGCUGUCAGUCCUGCCAGGCCCUGGGAUGAGGAUGCGUCCCAGGAGAACAGCUGGGCUCACUGCAACAGCAAAGGAAGUGCUCAGCAGUCUGGCCCCAAGUCAGGAAAAGGACUCCAAAAUGAUCCUUCAUUGAUGGUAAUAACGAAAAGUAAACAAGUGACCUCUGCCAGCCCUUCUCAGUUUGCACCGAGCCAAGAGCAGGUCUGUAACAAAACCUCUCUCCACGCAAGCACACGGGUCUGU